AUGUCUCUUCUGGAAAUCCCCCCCGAAACGUUCGCCAAACUGAAGGAAAAGGUGGUGGUAAUUACAGGUGCAACCACUGGUAUAGGCGCUGUAUUUAUUUCACAGCUGGAGACUGCAGGUAGUAGGGUCAUUUACGGGGACAUCAAAGAGCCGAAACUUGCUUCUGACACACCCAAUGUCAAAUUUGUCAAGACCGAUGUCACAGUCUACGAGUCUGUUCUUAACCUGUUCAAGACCGCUUGGUCGAAUCACGGACGAAUUGACCAUGCCAUAACCAACGCAGGUGUUGUGGAGAUCGGUCAGCUCUUUAACACUGGCACGGAGGACGCUGCUAUCGAGGAGGCGCCGCCUACGACCGUGAUCGAUGUCAACUUGAAAGGGACCGUCUUCUUCACACGUGUGGCGGUUCACUACCUGAGAAAGAGCCUGACUGUACACGAGGGAAUACAGAACGAUGCGUCCAUUUUGUUGAUGAGCUCCUCUGCCGGCUUUGGCGAGUAUCCUGGCUUGUUCCAAUAUAGCGCCAGCAAGCACGGCGUUAUGGGCCUUUUCAGGAGCACGAGGAACUUCUUGCUCCCGAGUGAGCGUAUACGGAUCAAUGUCGUUCUACCUAAUGUGACACGAACGCAAAUGGUGACUGGAAUCAUCGCCCUCUACGACUCUUUUGGUGUACCUUGUAAUGACGCAAAGGAUGUUUCGAACGUAUUCUUCUACGCUUUGGGGACAAAUGCCAAUGGCGAAGCAUGGUACGUCUCGGGUGGCAAGAUUUAUGAGAUUGAGAAGAAGCUCGAAACCGUUAAGUCCUGUUGGCUUGGUGAGAGCGUCUACGAUGAGAUGCGAGCUGGUCAACAAGCACUUGGUAAUGGAAGCGAGUGGGUAAAGAGUGACCAGAGACGCGAAGUGUGA